AUGCAAUAUUGUCGCAUUGGUAGUGCUUGGGUCGUGUUUACAUUUGUGUCCAUCGUCCUAUUCGGUUGGAAGACUGGCUUGUUGAAAGAGUAUUGGCCAACUUUUACUUUGGCAGAAUCAGGUGCUUUCAGAGCCAUAGUGGAAUGUAGCGAUAUCCACACCCCUUCACAUUGCUACAGUCUACACCAUGUUAAUCUAAACUCCGAGUUUGCAAAACACAAACCGCAAGCCUUGCUGUUUUUAUUGCAAAGCUGUUUGGAUUCAGUUAAUAGAACCUCCAACGACGUUAUGUUUCUUCUAGAUUUGCAAAACUGCUUUCAUCAAAGCGAGCUCAUCGAGGUUUCCAGCGAAAACCGAGCUAGAAGAGACACAUGGGCGUAUGAGGUUGUGGUGGUAUUGGUUAUCUUUCAAGUAGUAGUUGGAGCAGUAAGUUUUCACAGGACAAGUGCGAUCGGCCAGAAGUCGGAAUUUGCAGAUCCUAAAUCUACAACAAUCCAAGAGAAUCGGCUAACAGGCGAAUUUAGCGAGGCUAAUACUGCUGUCAGGAAAGCCGAAGAUAGCAAUAGUAAGUCUUCAAGGUACAUCAGGACCAAUUUCCCAUGUGACAAAAUUUCUGCUGCAUGGAAGCUCCUGGAUCUGAACAAUGACGCCGAGGCAGAAUCUCACGAUAGUCAGAACGAGAGCAAAAAUCGUGCAAUUGUCAGGGAAGUGAAGAAGAGAUACGCCUCAGACCUGAAGCCUUUUGUUACGACUCCUAAAGCUACUUUAAUCUCGUUAACAUGUGGAAACGACCAGGACGCUGAUGGAGAGUUUGUUGAGCAGAAUGUUGGCAUCAAUUCUGUUGUUCCUCAGACCCAGAUCCAGCUCCAGAACUUUCCCUCGGGCAAUUGCAAGAGAAUACAGGAGACAGGCCCCACGGCUGAAUCCUCGGUAGAGAAAAAUGUGUCGCAAAAUGUGUCACCGCAAGCACCAGACCAGCUAGUACCCUUUUCCCACUCUACUGGGACGAGAGACAGAAAGGAGAACUUUGACAUUUCCACGGCCCAGGGCCGCAGCGACUUCAAACGGUACUUGAAGAACCUGGUGGGCCUCUCUAUUCCAUAUCUGGCACCGAUAAACGUUUCUCGCCAAUGGCAUAACUACGGCGGCACCGCUAGCGGCGGAAUCGUUUUCAACGGGAGCCGCACCGCGCUACAGCCGUCCCUGCUUUCCAUCACAUACGGGGAGCUCAAGAAGCGAGAUAACUACAAGAAGCGGUACCAAAGGAUUUACGUUCCAGGGCGAGGCUGGGUUUCUUCGAAGAAGCUAGCUUAUGAAGAGGCGGUGUAUGGUCCCGAUAGCCCUGUCAGGUCGAAGGUGUCGUGA